AUGACGCUGCUGAGCCUACCGCGCAUCGUAGUCAGGGCAAGUGCAUUGACCCCAGGCUACGGCGAAUAACGAUGAUGGGAAUGCCGAUACUUACGUGCUGAAUCUCAAUUAAACAGGCUGCAGCCUCGACUUUUACGGCGGCGUGUUCGUUGACCGGUAGUGCCCGUCGCACACUCGCUACGGCUGCCGAUGCCGUGACAUUACCCAACGCAACGGCCGCCGACCCGAAUGAAGCAGCAACAGUAGAAGUUGCGCCUGCCGCUUCUUUGGAACAGGUCGCCGCGACACCACCACCUCCACCAGCUCCGUCUAAGCCGGUCAAGCAGCGACUGCCGUCCUCGACUCGUGAGUGCUGUUUGGGGGCCUACUGAACGACUCCAAGAAUCAUAUGCUCAUCCUAGUUCGUUCAUCCCUACAGCUCCACCUACCCCUUACCACCCUUACGUCCACGUCCCCCUGGGCUCACUUUUCCCUUCGACUUCCUCCUCCUCCUCUAAAACCUCCGACUCCCCCCUCCUCGUUCCCCUCCCUGCACCCUUGUUCAACGCCCCCUCGCGUCCCUCCCUACUCCACAAGCUCAUCGUCGCCCACCUCGCCUCAUUGCGCACGGGCACAGCAGCAACCAAGAACCGUCGCGAGGUCGCCUAUUCGGGAAAAAAGAUCCGACCCCAAAAAGGGACCGGUCGAGCCCGACUCGGCUCGCGCGGUUCACCGAUGUUGAAAGGUGGUGGGAGGGCGUUCGGGAAACGACCCAAAGGACCGGACGGUUGGGCGAGGUUGGUGAAUCGUAAAGAGGAGCGAUUGGGUUUGAGCGUCGGGUUGAGUGAUAAGUGGCGAGUCGGCGGGUUGAACGUCGUCGAACGAAUCGGGAUGGACCUCAUUUCGACUCGCAAAUUGAACGAAAACGUCCUCCGAAAAGGGUGGUCCGAUACGCUAUUCAUAUUGGGUACCAAAUCGGACCCUUUGGAGUUGAGCGCUCAAGCCAAGUUCGAGCUUUCCGCUGGUAACUUGGAGAACCUCAGUUGUAUCAAGCAGAUGGAUCAAUUGAAGGUAUGGGACAUCGUCAAGAAGCGGAACGUCGUUGUCGAACUGGACGCGGUGGAUGAUCUGAUCCAUCGCGUGGAUCCGGAAUGGGCUUGGGAGGAGGAAGAGUUUGAUGACGAGGACGAAUGGAUCGACGAGGAGGCGCCCGAGGUCGAGUUGGGGACGUUGCAUGGCGAGCAGGAGAUCAAGCAGGUCGUCUGA